AUGGCGCCUACUAUCACCUCAGCCCUCACCAUUGUUCUCACCACUGUUCCUAUGCUGGGGAAGGACAACUGGGCCAAGUUUGGGAAGGGAUUCAAGGUGUUUUUGCUGGGAGUGGACGCACUUUGGGUUAUGGGGAAAGGGCCAAAAGCAGAUGAGUCUGACCAAGUUGCUCUGGACAGAAUGCUCCUCCCCUACCUCUACACCAAGAUAGAGGAGCAGUACCAGCCCCUCCUGGAUGAUUUCGAGUCUGCCACUGCUGCCUGGGCUGCCCUCAAGGCCCACUUCGAAAAAUCGAGCAUGAGCACCAGGAUGGCUGCCAGCGCUGAGCUGCACUCCAUUUCCCAUGACCCCACCAAGGAUAUAGACGUCUACAUUCAAGCUGUAGGAGAUGCAGUGAAGAAACUGGCUGCCAUGGGUGUUUCCAUCGAUUCCACCAUCCACAAAGAUGUCCUGCUCAUGAAUCUUCACCCAGCCUUCUACACAGUCCGCACCAUCCUCCUCCUUGCACGCUCUCCUGAGCCCAAACUCGAAGACUGCAUCACCCAGCUUGCCAGCUCAAGCUCAGACCCUGGAGUGGUUCUCAAAAUUGAAGAUGGCAAUAUUUCGAGCCUGGCCCUGGCUGCAUCGGCGCCACGUCGAGGCACAGCAUCUGCCACGUCAUCAUACACCUCCCCCAUCACUGGCAGCAUUGCCCAGGACAGAUUUCCGCUGGAUUCCCAAGGUUUUCGUUGGUGUGACCCUACCACCAGGGGCUGCCAUCGCUGUGGACGCACUGGCCACAUUGCUCACAAGUGCAUGCACACCAUGCCCACCUUUGUGAAGGACUGGAUCCUGGCUAAUGGCAAGAGCAGCUCCGCUUCUGCAGCUAUCUCUGCUGCACUGGAGGCAGGUCUGACCAGGGAGAGCUUCUUUGAGAUGUGGGAUGAGUUCCAGAUGUCCAAUGAAGCGGAGAUUGGUGGAGGGCCUAGUGGACCAUUCCUGUCUCCAAGACGGACUUAG